AUGAAAAAUCUUGGUUCGCGUUGGACGGUCCCCGACAUAGCACGCACUGCCGCAGCGCGUUCGUCAUUUCUCGUCGCCAUUUCGUUGGAACGAGAUUCAAGUAGCAGCAACAGCAGCAGCAACAGCAGCAGCAAGAGCAGCAUCCGCAACAGGAACAUAACUAGAAGUAGCGGUAGCAUCAGCGAUAGCAACGGCAGCAGCAGCAACAGUAGCAGCAGUAUUCGCGUGACGGCGAUCGACAAGAAGAGGGAGAGCAAGAGCAGCGGCAGAUCGGCAAUCGACGUGCUGCACGGAGCGCACUUAUCCGUCCGACCGUACGUAACGGCGUCGUGUGACCGCAUCGUCGGCACGACGCACCCCGUCGAAUCGACGACGCCCAGGAACCGGCCGGUAGCCGGCAAGUCGCGCCGCCUUCAGCACCGGAUCCGUCGUCCCCGACAGCCGCAGCAGCAACUUUACUACCCCCCCGCGUCGUGGGACACGCGCACACCACACUUCAGGAACUGUUAG